CAUAUGCAAGAUUUCUGGACCUGAAAAAUAGCUUCUCCUUCAAAACCAUACUUUUCCAAUUCUCUCAAAACUCUCCCAUCAAACACGUUUCUUACAGUAACUCACUACUUGUAAUAAUUUCUUACCUUUUUCACUUAUGCUUCAAUAAUACAAAUUUCUCUAUAAAAACAACCAUGAAUCCAUAAUCAUCCAGGCGCAGUCGAUUUGGCUACAUUCAUGUCGUUUCACCACAACCACCUUUCCUCCCAAGACCUUCCUCUCCAUCCUCACUUCGCCGACCACCACCACCACCAACGACAACCGGCGCAAUUUCCGGAAACCGGCGGUCCCAAUUGGUUAAACGCCGCCCUCCUCCGUUCGGAGCAGACUCAGCCACCACCGCAGCCCCACGGUGAUCAUUUUUCUGAUCACCCGAGCUUCCUCAACCUUCAUAUUGCGGAAACUGUUUCAGACUCCACCGCCGCGGCUCACCAAGCCCCGAACCGGUGGCUAUCGCGCUCGUCGUCUUCGCUUCUUCAACGCAACCACAGCGAUGUCAUCCAAGACGUGGCGGCCACCGCAGCUGCAGCAGCAGGAGGUGGUGGUGGGGACUCCAUGGUCGCCGUGGAAUCUGGGGAAUUGAAGAACAGCAACAGCGAGACCAUGAACAAGAGCGAAGGCGUCGUGGUGCAAAGCGGAGGAGAUGCGGCGGUGAAUUGGCAAAAUGCGAGGUGCAAGGCAGAGAUAUUAGCCCACCCUUUGUACGAGCAGCUACUGUCGGCGCACGUGUCGUGUCUUAGGAUCGCCACGCCGGUGGACCAGCUCCCGAGGAUCGACGCUCAGCUGGAUCAGUCGCAGCACGUGGUGGCCAAGUACUCCGCUCUCGGCGGCGCAGCCCAGGGCUUGGUUGCGGACGACAAAGAACUCGAUCAGUUCAUGACGCAAUAUGUUGUAUUGCUAUGUUCGUUUAAAGAACAAUUGCAACAACAUGUUCGGGUCCACGCAAUGGAAGCAGUUAUGGCAUGCUGGGAAAUUGAACAAUCCUUACAGAGCUUAACAGGAGUUUCACCGGGGGAAGGUACGGGGGCAACAAUGUCAGAUGAUGAUGAAGACCAAGUGGAGAGUGAUGCAAAUAUGUUUGAUGCAAGUUUCGACGGUCCUGAUUCAAUGGGAUUUGGCCCUCUCAUCCCGACAGAGACUGAAAGGUCUUUGAUGGAGCGUGUGAGACGGGAACUCAAACACGAACUCAAACAGGGUUACAAAGAGAAGAUUGUUGACAUAAGGGAGGAAAUUUUACGUAAGAGAAGGGCAGGAAAGCUUCCAGGGGAUACGACGUCGGUUUUAAAAGCUUGGUGGCAGGCACAUUCCAAGUGGCCAUACCCUACUGAGGAAGACAAGGCAAGGUUGGUUCAAGAAACAGGGUUACAAUUAAAACAGAUAAACAAUUGGUUCAUCAAUCAAAGGAAGAGAAACUGGCAUACUAAUCCAUCUACUUCUACCGCCUUGAAGACCAAACGUAAAAGUAUUGCAGGUGAAAACUGAAAUUAAAAAAAGAAACACACAAAACGACGAUCGUCUCCGACGGGAUAGCAAAUCACCGACACGACAAAACCAAACAUACUACAUAGAAAGCCAAACAUACGUAAUGUGGUGGCCAUGCAAUAGUUUUAGGGAUUAUAUUAUUGCAACUUUACUGGGGAGAAAAGAAAGGGUUAAUUGGUAUUGUUAGAUUAUGAAUUUUGGCUACUUUUAUUUGGGUCCCUGUGAACAAGGGUAGUGAGUAGUGAGUGGACAGUGUAAUAAAGUUGCCAUAAUUUAUAUUCCUUUUAACACUCAUGGUAGAUCAUUUCAGCAUUUGUAAUGUAGAUGUUGAAUUUGCAACAAUGUUAACAUAUAAAGCACUCAUAUUUGAUUGCA